AUGAUUAGAUGCUCAAAAUGUCAGUAUAUAAAUCCAACUAAAUGUUCACCAAUUAAACAAAUUUGCUUUGUUCAUUCUAAAUGCAAUCGAAAAAAACCUAAAUCCAAGAUAAUAUCAGUACCUGAAGUAAAUAAAUUUAUUGUGGAAUGUUUGAGAAAACUUAAUGUUAAAGAUGAUAAAGCGUGUAUCUUAGCUAAAAGUUUGGUCAAAGCCGAUUAUCAAGGAAUUUUGAGUCAUGGCUUAAACAGACUAGAACAUUAUAUUAUCGAUAUAAAAAAUAAAAAUUGCAACCCGAAUGCUGAUCCGAAAAUAAUAUCGGAAUCGGCGUCUGCUGCAGCAGUAUGUGGAAACAAUGGUUUGGGAGCAGUUAUAGGCGUAUUUUGCAUUAAUAUAGCAAUAGAAAAGGCAUGCAAAACUGGAAUAGCAAUGGUCGUAGCGAUAGGCUCAAAUCAUUUUGGAGUAAACUCUUUCUAUACGGAACAUGCCGUUAGCCAAGGAUGUAUCGGUAUGGCAUUUACAAAUACUUCCCCUCUAAUGGUUCCAACUGGAGCAAAAAAGGCUUGUUUUGGAACAAAUCCCAUGUCAAUAGCAGCACCGGCAGGGAGAUGUGAUAGGGUCGUUAUUGAUUUUGCAACUACAUCAGUGUCUUUGGGAAAGAUUGAAAUGUACAGAAGAAGAAAUCAAAAGAUCCCAAUUGGAUGGGCGCUUGAUAAACACGGUAAACCAACUACUGACCCGGCAGUUGCUGUAAAAGCUAGGAGACUCUCACCUUUAGGGGGUACGGCAAGUCAUAAAGGAACUGGUUUAGCUAUAAUGGUAGAAAUUCUAAGUGGUCUUUUAGCAAAUUCAACUUAUGGACCAAAUGUUCGGGUUUGGGGUCAGAAACCUUUUAAACCUGCAAACCUGGGACAUGGAUUUAUUGUCAUUAAUCCUAGGAGAUUUAUAUCUGGUUUCGAAAAGAGACUUGGUGAUCUUCUCGAGCAUGUUAGAAAAUUAGAACCGGCUGAUCCAAAGAGGCCCAUGCUUGUUCCAGGUGAUAUGGAACGCGCUAGGAUGAAAAAAGUUGACGAACAGGGAGGAAUAGAAUAUACGAAUAGUCAUUUGAAAAUGAUUCAAAGGCUAGUCCAAGAUUUGGGAGUAAAACCUCCUAAAUUUAAAUCCUGA